CAGCUGAGGCUACGAGCAUGCGGGCUGACGAGCGUACCGCCAAUGGCGUUCGAGAUCUCGCAGUUGUCUCUGAUGGACUUGUCGAGGAACAAACUGACUGUGAUCCCCAACGUGCUGGUGCUCACGUGCGAGAGAACUCUCAAGUCACUGUUCUUGGAUCACAACUUCAUCGUCUCUCUCCCUCCUGAAGUCUGCAACUGCAUCGCUCUCGAAGACCUCAGGAUCAACAGCAACCAGAUCUCCCUGCUGCCCCCCGAGCUGGGGAACCUGCGCAGCCUGACGCGGCUUGACGCCUCCAUGAACAGGUUGACGAGCAUUCCCAGCUCGAUAUCUCAGCUGGACGAGCUGAGAAUCCUUGACGUGUCGAGGAACCUCCUCCCCUCCCUCCCUGACGAGUCUCUCGCUUGCCUUACCAGCAUGUCUGACCUCUCCCUGUCUUCGAACCGCCUCGACCAGCUACCUCUCACCCUCGCGUUCAUGCAGGACCUGAAGUUCCUCAGGGCGAACGGCAAUCGUAUCUCACAGCUCAAGAGAGACAUCGUCCUCCUCCCUGAGCUGACGGAGCUGCAUCUAUCGGACAACCUGUUGACUUCCCUCCCCUCCAACUGCUGGCUCAAGGCCACCAACCUGGAGGCCCUGGACGUUUGCGGCAAUCAGCUGUCGUCCGUGCCCCCUGAGAUCGGCGAGCUGACGAGCCUUCAAGUUCUUGGCCUUGCAAGGAAC